CCGCGCAUGCGUCACUAGGGACGCGAGUUUGCCGACCCUGCGGGCGCUUGUGAAUUUUGCUUUCCCGCCUCCCUCUUUCCUCCAAGGCCAGGGUUUACCCCUGUCCUGCCACUCCACUGCCACCAUGUUUGUUCCCUGCGGCGAGUCGGUCUGCGACCUCGCGGGCUUCACCCUCCUGAUGCCGGCAGUAUCCGUUGGAAAUGUUGGCCAGCUUGCAAUAGAUCUGGUUAUUUCUACAUUGAAUAUGUGUAAAAUUGGUUACUUCUAUACCGAUUGUCUUGUGCCGAUGGUUGGAAAUAAUCCAUAUGCAACAUCAGAAAAGAAUUCAACAGAACUCAGUAUAAAUGCUGAAGUAUAUUCAUUGCCUUCAAAGAAGCUGGUGGUUCUUCAGUUAAGGUCCAUUUUUAUUAAGUAUAAAUCAAAGCCAUUCUGUGAAAAACUGCUUUCAUGGGUGAAAAGUAGUAACCUUGCCAAAGUUAUUGUUCUUUCAAGCAGUCAUUCAUAUCACCGUAAUGAUCUACAGCUUCGCAGUACUCCCUUUAGGUAUCUACUUACACCUUCCCUGCAAAAAAGUGUUCAAAAUAAAAUAAAAAGCCUUAACUGGGCAGAAAUGGAAAAAAGCCCAUGCAUUCCUGAAAUAAGUGAUUCUGAGUAUUGCAUCCGUAUACCUGGAGGAGGUAUCACAAAAACACUCUAUGAUGAAAGCUGUUCUAAAGAAAUCCCAAUGGCUGUUCUGCUAAAAUUUGUUUCAGAAGGAGAUAAUAUUCCAGAUGCAUUAGGUCUUGUUGAAUAUCUUAAUGAAUGGCUUCAGAUAAUCAAACCACAUAGUGACGACCCCACAGCAUCUGCCUUGCCAUGGAAAAUACCGAGUUCUUGGAGAUUGCUCUUUGGCAGUGGUCUUCCGCCUGCGCUUUUCUGAUCUGUUUUAAUUUUUAUACCUUAUGUCCCAAGACACUUAUUACCAACAUAACUGUUAACUGUAUAAAAGUUGUAUUAUCUGAUGUAUUAGAAAAUAAAUCUUAACUCUUUACAGAAAAAAAUGGAUUAGCAAAAGAUUGGUUUUGCUAUGCUUUUCAUCAUAUAAAACAAAUGUAUAUUUUAUACAAUAAAAUAUUUCCUAAGUAAUUUCA